CCUCGUCUGCCGCUGCCGCCGUUGUGUGUUCCAGUUUAUAGGGUUUCUCCCUCGCUCCACUCUAAACAAACACCAAAACUGUGUCUAUCGCUUCAAUCGAGAGAGAGAGAUUCGAGAGAGAUGGCGCAGUCACUCGAACUCCUUCUAAUCCAAUUCCUAAUGCCUGAUAACGACGCUCGUAGACAAGCUGAAGAUCAAAUUAAGCGUCUCUCCAAAGAUCCACAGGUGGUUCCUGCUCUUGUUCAUCAUCUCCGCACUGCUAAGACUCCGAAUGUUCGACAACUGUCCGCCGUGCUCCUCCGGAAGAAGAUCACUGGUCACUGGGCUAAACUCACUCCGCAGCUCCGCCAGCUUGUCAAACAAUCUCUCAUUGAUAGCAUUACGCUCGAACACAGUCCACCAGUGAGGCGAGCAAGUGCAAAUGUAGUCAGUAUAAUUGCAAAGUAUGCUGUACCAACUGGGGAGUGGCCUGAUUUGCUGCCUUUCUUAUUCCAAUGCAGUCAAAGUGUGCAAGAAGAUCACAGAGAAGUCGCUUUGAUACUUUUCAGCUCCUUGACUGAAACAAUCGGUAAUUCAUUUCGGCCACAUUUUGCGGAUCUGCAAUCCCUGCUGCUCAAGAGCUUACAGGAUGAGACUAGUACCCGUGUCAGAGUUGCUGCGCUCAAGGCAGUUGGGUCUUUUCUUGAGUUCACUCAUGAUGAAGCCGAAGUGAUUAAGUUUCGAGAGUUCAUACCCAGUAUAUUGAAUGUGUCAAGACAAUGCCUGGCCUCUGGUGAUGAGGAUGUUGCUGUAAUUGCUUUUGAAAUAUUUGAUGAGCUGAUCGAAUCUCCCGCGCCUCUUCUUGGUGAAUCAGUUAGAUCCAUUGUGCAAUUCUCGCUUGAAGUUUGCUCCAGUGCAAAUCUAGAAUCAAGCACGCGCCAUCAGGCUGUUCAAAUUAUUUCCUGGCUUGCAAAGUACAAAUUCAAUUCUCUAAAAAAGCACAAACUGAUCAUUCCUAUCCUCCAAGUUAUGUGCCCGUUGCUUGCAGAAUCAACAAAUAGAGAUGAAGAUGAUGAUCUAGCACCUGAUCGAGCUGCCGCAGAGGUUAUCGAUACCAUGGCUUUAAACUUGCCGAAGCAUGUAUUUCCUCCUGUUUUUGAAUUUGCUUCUUUAAGUAGUAAGAAUGUAAAUCCAAAAUUUCGCGAGGCAUCAGUUACAUCAUUGGGAAUUAUUUCAGAGGGUUGUUCAGACUUGAUGAAAAGUAAGUUGGAACCAGUUCUCCUUAUUGUCUUGGGAGCUCUGGGAGAUCCUGAACAAAUGGUAAGGGGGGCUGCAUCUUUUGCUAUGGGUCAAUUUGCUGAAUAUCUGCAACCUGAGAUCUGUGAUCAUUAUGAGAAUGUUAUUCCUUGCCUUUUAAGUGCUUUGGAGGAUACAUCGGAUGAAGUUAAGGAGAAGUCAUAUUAUGCAUUAGCGGCAUUUUGUGAGAACAUGGGGGAAGAAAUUCUUCCUUUCCUUGAACCAUUGAUGGGAAAACUACUCGCUGCCCUCCAAAGCAGUCCUCGAAAUUUGCAGGAAACCUGCAUGUCAGCAAUUGGUUCUGUCGCAUCUGCUGCAGAGAAAGCAUUUAUUCCAUACGCUGAAAAGGUUUUAGAGUUAAUGAAACACUUUAUGGUACUCAGUAAUGAUGAAGACCUGCGUUCACGAGCAAGGGCUACUGAAUUGGUCGGAAUUGUUGCCAUGUCUGUUGGGAGGACGGGAAUGGAGCCAAUCCUACCACCUUUCAUUGAAGCUGCAAUCAAUGGAUAUGGAUUGGAGUUCAGUGAGCUUCGAGAAUAUACUCAUGGAUUUUUAAGCAAUGUUGCAGAAAUUCUGGAUGAUGGGUUUACUCAGUACCUCCCACACGUUGUACCUCUGGCUUUUUCCUCCUGCAAUCUUGAUGACGGUUCUGCCGUGGAUGUUGACGAUUCUGAUGAGGAUGACAAUAUUCAUGGAUUUGGUGGAGUGUCUUCUGAUGAUGAAGCUCACGAUGAGCCUAGGGUUCGUAAUAUUAGUAUAAGAACCGGAGUAUUGGACGAGAAGGCAGCUGCAACGCAAGCCCUGGGAUUGUUUGCUUUGCAUACAAAGAGUGCUUAUGCGCCAUAUUUGGAGGAGUCACUGAAAAUACUGAUUAGACACUCUACUUAUUUCCACGAGGAUGUUCGUCUUCAGGCCAUCACAUCAUUGAAACAUAUUCUGACAGCUGCACAAGAAGUCUAUCAAGUGAAUUAUCUGGAAGGAGCUGCAAAGGCGAAAGAAGUUUUGGACUCGGUCAUGAACAUUUAUAUCAAGACAAUGACUGAAGAUGAUGAUAAGGAGGUUGUUGCUCAAGCUUGUAUGAGCGUAGCUGACAUUAUGAAAGAACUCCCAUACAUUACAGUUGAACCUUACAUGCCUAGGAUUGUUGAUGCUACUCUGCUCUUGCUUCGAGAGGAUGCAGUUUGUCAACAAGUAGAAUCUGAUAGUGAAAUUGAUGACGAUGACACUGCGCAUGAUGAAGUCCUUAUGGAUGCAGUUUCUGAUCUCCUUCCUGCAUUUGCAAAGGCGAUGGGUUCUAAUUUUGCACCUAUAUUCUCAACUUUGUUUGAUCCUUUAAUGAGAUUCGCGAAAGCUUCACGCCCAUCACAAGAUCGAACGAUGGUGGUUGCAUGUCUUGCAGAAGUUGCUCAGGAUAUGGGUGCUCCAAUCAGUGGCUAUGUUGAUGCUCUAAUGCCCUUGGUACUAAAAGAAUUAGCCUCAUCAGAAGCGACUAAUAGGCGGAAUGCUGCAUUUUGUGCUGGAGAAUUGUGCAAAAAUGGCGGGGAUUCAGCUUUGAAAUACUAUGCCGAUGUAUUACGUUGCCUUUACCCAUUGUUUGGGGAAUCUGAGCCGGAUGAUGCAGUAAGGGACAAUGCUGCUGGAGCAGUGGCAAGAAUGAUUAUGGUUCGCCCGGAUGUUGUCCCUCUGAAUCAGGUCCUUCCUGUCUUCUUAAAAGUUCUUCCUCUUAAAGAGGAUCAUGAAGAAUCGAUGGUUGUAUACAGCUGUGUCUGUAAUCUUGUCUUGACAUCUAAUUCUCAGAUGCUGUCUCUAGUUCCAGAAUUAGUUAAUCUCUUUGCUCAAGUUGCUGUCUCACCUAUUGAAACUCCGGAAGUCAAAGCUCAAAUUGGCAGGGGUUUCUCACAUCUGCUAUCCCUAUAUGGUAACCAGAUGCAAGCUCUUUUGGAAAAUCUAUCACCAACACAUGCUAACGCCCUUGCUGCAAUUGUGCCGAAGAGUUGACACCUAAUUAAGUCCAGCAGCUUGACCAAGUCAUUGCCAUUGUGCAUGAUUUCUUUCGCUAGGAGCUCUCCUUUUUUCUCUAUAAAAAUUGAGUUUGUUAUCAAGUAUUUCUGUUGGUAUGCAAGGUGGGAGUGGUUUCCGGAAUGAAGAUUAUUCUCACCCAGGUAGGUUUUGGUCUGCGUAUUGCAGCUUGUCAUUUUUAUAUACCCCAAAUGUGGAAUUCCAUUUUUUAAUUCUAAUUUUUAUUUAUUUUUAUAAUUUUGAUUUUACAUGAGUACCUUUGGUACUGCUCAUUUGAUAGAGUUGUGCAGGCAGUCUGUAUAUUUUAUUACACAAUAUAUACACUAAGGCGUGGGAUAUUAUGUAAUUUUCGGAUAUGGUGGUGUUUUCUGCAAGAUAUUUGAAUAGAUAUGGUGGAAGUGGUAUUGUUUUAGUUUUUAAUAGAUUGGACUAUUUCUCUGA